UCCAGCGCCGCCCGCCCGGACGCGGCUGCCGCCGGCGGGACGAGGAGCCUGGCCGGUCGCACCAUGAGCAGCGUCCCCGCCGACAGGGAGGGCGGCCCCGCCGACACCAGCCUGCCCGAGGAGGAGGUGAGGACACUCUUUGUCAGUGGGUUGCCUCUGGACAUCAAGCCCCGGGAACUUUACCUGCUCUUCAGGCCCUUUAAGGGGUACGAAGGGUCUCUCAUCAAACUCACAUCCAAGCAGCCCGUGGGCUUCGUCAGCUUCGACAGCCGCUCCGAGGCGGAGGCAGCAAAGAACGCGCUGAACGGCAUCCGCUUCGACCCCGAGAUCCCCCAAACGCUGCGGCUGGAGUUUGCCAAGGCCAACACCAAGAUGGCCAAGAACAAGCUGGUGGGCACCCCAAAUCCCAGCACCCCUCUCCCCACCGCCGUACCUCAGUUCAUCGCCCGGGAGCCCUAUGAGCUCACAGUGCCUGCACUUUACCCCAGUAGCCCUGAAGUGUGGGGGCCGUACCCUCUGUACCCAGCGGAACUAGCACCUGCUCUACCUCCUCCUGCUUUCACCUAUCCCGCUUCGCUGCACGCCCAGAUGCGCUGGCUCCCUCCCUCCGAGGCUGGUUCUCAGGGCUGGAAGUCCCGUCAGUUCUGCUGAAUGCCGGGUCUCAGGUGUGUGAUGGUGGCCUACAGUCAGUCUUGUGGGUAUUAACGGAGUCUUCCAAGGCGGCUACUGGGUUGAUGUGCUCUCCACA